AUGGCGCUUCCUCUGCAAACACAAUCGUUGGUUGACGGACAAUGGAUUACCAGGACUAUCGAUGCCCAUACACUGCUUCAACACCACAAUCAAAUGGAUGACAAUGCAGCUGAUAAUACUAUGGAAACGAUACGUCCCCCAGUCCGUGGUGUUUUGACCCAAACCAUCAUCCAAAGCCCUCUGGUACAUUGGAUCCUCCCCAUUAGACUACGAGGUCAGGAGUAUAAUGAUGUCGCCUUUAUUGGUGAUACAUUCGUCGAGAUUAGACGACUAGGGGUUGGCCCGCAUCUUUCUGAAGUCAUCCGGAAAGACGACUUCGGUUCCAGAAUUCGUAAUGCAAGCGUCCUGGGGUCGCUCGAGGACCAUGUAGAGGAGCAAGUUGAUUUCAAGGAGGAACCUGAAGAUGUUGAUAUGAUCAACCCUUCAGCAUCGCCAGACAAUCCUCCAUCUUCCACUGUACUCCUACCACCUCAAAUCCUGGUUUUACAACUUGAAGUGGAUACGUCUAGUGAUUCUGUGUUCUUGAUGCUACACCAAUCAAAUGACGGAUCCUGGAGGUUCAUUUCUAGUAGAAGACGGUUAUCCAAGGCGAUGGAUAAGCUUCAACCUGGAAUGCAUUUAUCUAUUGACCCAAGCUCAAGAUAUAUGGCCAUAGGUAGUUCUGAGCAAUGUUUUACAGUCCAGGCUUUCAAUACGAGAACGGAACUGAAUCGUCAAUAUGCCGUUGGCGAAGAACUACGAUUUAUCGAGUCCGAGAGGAUCGUUCUCUGUAAAGGUGCAAUCUUGAAAUUGGAAUUUCUGCAUCCUCCGGCUGGAUCUGAUGAUAUCAUACUGCUCUUAAUUAUGGCCUUAAAUGGUAAAAUAAGAAUGCUACUAUAUUCAUGGAGAGCUGGAGAUCCUUUAUCGGCCGUGAGAACCAGGAAUUCUAGCAAAAAAGGCUAUGUCUUGAAUGAUAUCCCCUUACUUAUCAUACCAUUGCGCUUUCAAACGGCCUUUAUUUUAGUGAACGACCGUUCGAUGGCGGUUUACAAAGGCAUUUUGGAAGGUGCACCUGAAUGUAUACUAAUUGGAUCUUUUCCAAGGCUACCCAACGAGCUUUAUCAAGGCUCAGAUAUGCCCUUGUGGACAGCCUGGGCUAAACCAACUCGUCUGCCUUAUCACAAAGCGCGACAAGACGACGUAUAUCUCGCCCGAGAGGAUGGACAUAUAUGUCUCUUGGAGGUUAACUAUGACAAUGAAGAUCCUGAUCUUACGCCCUCACUGACGGACGUUGGGAGAAUGCAAUGCAAUAUCGGACAAGCUUUUACCUGUGUAGACUAUUCACUCGACCCUAUUGUUACCCGCCAUGGUGAUGUACUUGUUGCUGGGGGUGAUGCUAGCAUCGGAGGAACUUAUCUGAAUAGAGCGCGAGCACAGCCCAAUGUUAAGAAAGACACGCAGAAUUGGUCGCCAGCUACGGAUCUUGUAGCGAUAAGGAACAACUCGAAAUCCAACUUAGACAUCAAUACUAGGCCCCAGAGCUUUGUUCCCGUACCAGAUUUGAUAUUUGUUUGUAGCGGAAAAGGAGCACGAUCAUCCAUAACGGAGCUAAGAUAUGGUAUCGAAGCUAUUCUUGGUUUGAAUCUUGAGUUUCGUUCUGCGGUUACAAAAGCAUGGGUUUUACCUUCAGAGGUAUACUCAGGUUUGGUUGAUGGCGAUGAUUGGGUUUUACUUUCACUCGAGGAUCAUUCGGCCGUCUUACAGAUUUCUGCAGAUUGGACGAGUGCAGAAGAACUUGACCCAAAACAUACCCAACUAGAUAUGAAAAGUCGAACAAUUGUGACCGGCGUCAUUGAAACUCGCGCGAUGCAGGUAACAGAACAAUCUAUUAUCAUUCUGGACUCAGGUCGCCGUACCAUAUUCAAUGAUCUGGAUAUGAUGGGAUUUCCUCAAGCUUCAUCAAUUUCAGCAUCAUCCAUUAACGAUGCUGUCAUCUGCAGUGGAAAUGUAUUAUUCACUACCCAUCACAAAGAGCAGCGUCUGCUUCGUAUACUUGAACCGGUCGUUGAUAAUAGUAUAGCGCCACCUACAAUACUUUAUGCUUUCAGGACAAUCAGAAGCUGGACUCGAGAUGGUCCAGAAUUAACAUGUAUCGCGAUGUGUGAGCACCCACAAAAUCACUGGGGGCUUAUUGUUGCUGGGGCGAGAAAGGAUGGAGAAAUCUCUUUGUUGUUCAUUACGCGGGAUGAAUUCAAUUUGCCUGUGCCUACCAUCUACGAAGGAUGUAGCUACGAUCUUCGAGCACUGUCCAGUAUAGUUAUUAUACCCUCAUCAACCCCCGAUAACUUCACGUUACUGUGUGGGACGCUCACAGGUCUAGUCAUCUCCUUAGGCAUCGUUAAAAGUGGACAGGAAUUCCACAUCCACGGGUCUCGCUGUGAUAGAUUCGGAGGUAGUGUGGCAACAUUGACAAUUGCAGAUCAAGUGGGAGAAUCGAACUGUUUAUUCGUGAAUUGCGACGAAAAGGUUUUCAAGAUGACCUUGAGUAUCUCAAGCGCCAAGGGAAACUCCUUCGUAAAAAGGCCAGCAAGAACGAAUCUGAAAGCGGAUCAGAUUUGGCUGGUAGAUGCACUGGACACUACCCUACAACAGCCGAACAUCAACUCCAUAUUGCCGCUCAGAUCUGAAUCAUCAAUUGACACAGAUCUCCUCCUGAUAUCACACAAUCGACUUCUACUUGCAAGAAUGGGGAUAAAACGGAAAACCGUACCUCGCCGCAUCCCCAUCAAAGGAACACCAUAUCGAAUAAUCCAUUCAGAAACUCGCAAUGCCUUUGUCGUCGGCGCUUCCACAGAAGGUAGAAGCACACUCUAUUUUAUAGACCCCAAGACUGGCGAGGAUCUGUCGGACCCAAGGGGAGAGAAACGUGGGGCGGAAACAAGCUUUGUGGCUGGAUUGGGUCACUAUGAUGACAAAAUCCUUUGCAUUUAUGAGUGGCUGUAUUCUCAUGAUGCUUACACCUGGAACUUUCUUGUCGUCUGUACCAGUAGCGGUAGAGUUCUGAUUAUUUGUACUAACAAUGAUGAUUCUUCAAGGACAUCAUCUGGCAGAGCCAAAAUAAGCUUCUGGACAGUGACGCAGUUUAAGAACUUCACUUCGGUGUAUUCAGUCGUGGGAGAUUCUGAAGGGCUGUACUAUUGUGCGAAAAGUGACACCGAAGUCAAACUGUACUACAGCACGCUAAACAAAGAAAACAAGAAAUUCAAUAAUAGUCCGGCAGAAGCCAAGCUACUAUCGCCAGCGAUCUCACUUUCUUACGAUUCUGGAAAGAUAUAUGCUCUCACCAGACAUCACUCUCUGCAGAUUUUGAAGGUGAUCAAAACCGAUGGAAAAGUCCAGCUGCGUCAUACACACACUGAUCAACUUCAACGCGAAUCUCUUCACCAUCUGAAUGGUAGACCAAAUACCUUUAGAGCGCCCGAUAAAAGCCAGAUCGAUCUUGUGUCGGACAGGUCGAAAUCUGUCGUUGGCUUAUGUGCUAGUUCAGGCAUGAAAGUAGAUACACUCGACACCAUAUUCGAAGCACAACUACCAACGUCUGUACUCCGAUUUCGAUCCGCCAAUUGUCGUCCUGUGUGGGAUUCUAGUUGGAAGGUUCAUAGAAAUGAGGAUUCUGACUUGGACCCCAACCGUCUUGCCUGUCUGGGCGUGAUUCACAAUGAUGAGACAAAUUCGGAGACCUUAGGAAUGGGAAUUGAUGGCUCACUAUACCAUUUAACCAUGCUUGAUCUUCGAACAUGGCAGUUCCUCAAAUUUCUAGCCAAUCUCGCAAGGAGUUCGGGCCUUGUUGGAGGACGCCCUUGGGAGGGAUCGACCGAAUUAGAACCCGAGCAGAAUCCUCAAAAUAUGCAAGUUGAUGGGGAUAUUUUAAAGAGGGUUGUAGAGAAUAAAAAACUCGAAGAACUGUUCAGAGUUGGUCAACAUCAAACUGACGAGAACAAGAAGGAAUUCCAACGUUUUUGUGAACUUCUUGAAAUGAUGCAUGAGGGUAAGAUGGAGAAGGAUGAUAACCCGCUUUUCUAUGUAGAACAGGCUUAUGUUGAUUUGGAGGUCUUUUUGAGGCCGGUCAUUUGA